AUGGUUCGACUGAAGCUACACAACAUUUUAUUCCUUGUACUUUUCUGCAACUCAAAUGGACAAUUUGACCAUUCUAGGAGGCAUCCAUGGAGGGACAGGUUUGUUCUGCUGGCUCCAGAUGUGCUGAGGACAGACAGCGAUGAGAACAUCUACUUACAGGCUGAUAGUGUGUCUGACCCCAUUGCGGUCUCCAUCGUGAUCCAGAACUUCAACGAGGCUGUCACGUUAUUACAGGACUCAGUCACACUAAAUCAGGCAAAUGGAUUCAGCACCCUCAAGCCUAUACAGCUUUCCUCUGAUUUACUGAAUCGCGAAGAAAAGAAGAAGAAAUUGGUGAAUUUGAAAGUGACCUUUGGAGGUUUCCACGUUGAGAAGAGGCUAUUGAUGGUAACCUUUCACUCUGGGUACAUCUUUAUCCAGACAGACAAACCCAUCUACAACCCAGGAGAUACCGUUCGACUUCGAGCCUUUGUGUCUUCUCCAACCUUUAGGGCCUUCAACAACUCCAUCGAAAUAGAUAUUGAGAAUCCAGAUGGUGUGGUGGUUAAACAGGUCUCCAGGACCAGGGCUGUUGAUGGGAUCUUUUCAGAAACAUUUCCACUCUCUGAAUACGUCAAUGAAGGAACAUGGAUUAUUAAAGCAAGGUUUGACCACUGGGAGGAGAACACUUUCACCUCUCAGUUUCAGGUGAAGAAAUAUGUGCUUCCUGCCUUCAAUGUUACCUUAACACCCAAGAAGACCUUCCUUAGCUUGGAUGACAGUGAACUGGUAGUAGAAAUCUCAGCCAGGUACCUGUAUGGAGAGCCAGUCCAGGGGACAGCUUAUGUUGUGUUUGGAGUCAAGCUCAAUAAAGAAAUGAUAAGAUUACCUUCAGUGAAGCAGGUGUCAGAUCUUGAUGGUGGAACUGUUACACUGAGCAUGGAGGAGAUCAAAAGUGCUUACCCCAACAUUCGAUCUUUGAUCGGGAACUCUGUGUAUGUCAAGGCCUCUGUGCUCACCAAGACAGGAAGUGAUCUGGUUGAGGCCGAGAAGUCUGGCAUUAAAAUUGUGGAAUCUCCCUACGUCUUAUUGUUCCAAAACAUACCAAAGUACUUCAAGCCAGGCCUGCCUUUUGACUUCACAGUGAGCCACCAUGAUGGUUCCAUGGCUCGUAACGUCCUGGUUAAGCUGAACUUGCUGGACACCCCAUUAUUCGUGCCCUCCGGAACCACCAGAGCUGCCAUCAACAUGCCCAAGAAUGAUCAACCACAAACCAUCAUUGCUGAAACAGCACAGGAUGGCUUGAGACCAGAGCAGCAGGCAAAGCAGCAGUUCACUGUUUAUUCCUACAGCACCCAUGACCAUGAAAAGAACUACCUGCAUGUCUCCACAGGAACUACCACAGUGUCUUUAGGAGAAAGACUGUCCGUGAAGCUCACAGUCAGUCCUGCAGAUGAGUCGUUCAGAGGAUUCAUCAAAUUUAUCACCUACCUGAUUCUCAGUAAAGGAAAAAUCAUGCAAGCCGGGCGCAUGGAUAUAACUGGUCAGCUGGUCACCAACAUCGGGCUGAUGGUAACACCAGACAUGAUGCCAUCGUUUCGUAUUGUGGCGUAUUACACUAUUCCCUGGAUGGGCAGAGAGGAGGUGGUGUCCGACUCCGUCUGGAUAGAUGUGGUGGAUUCCUGUCUUGGAGGGCUCACAGUGGGGCCAGUGGACGGCGCACCCAGAGACUACCUUCCUGGGAAGAUGUUUCGCUUUAAGAUAAGAGGUGACCCGGGGGCAAAGGUCAGCCUGGUGGCCGUGGACAACGCUGUGUAUCUUCUCAGCAGGGACAGACUCACGCAAAAGAAGAUUUGGGACGUGGUCGAGCACGGUGAUAUUGGUUGCACACGAGGGGGAGGCCGAGAUGCCAAGGGGGUAUUUCAAGAUGCAGGACUGCUUUUCUCCUCCAGCAGUGGCUUUCAAACCCCAAAUAGGCAAGGUAUCUAUCAGCAUGGAGCAUCUCCAUGCAGUGUCCAGGCAAUGCCAGAAGGCGGCGCUCUGCUGAACUUCUGCGACGUAAAGCACAGCUGGAAAUGGCAAAAUACAGAGUAUCAUACAACUGGUGCUGACCCUGCUGCUUACCUCUCUUCCACCCCUCUGCCUCCAGAGAGUCACUACAAGGAGAAGCUGCAGUAUCGUUGCUGUAAAGAUGGCCUUCGGGAGAUCCCGAUGCCGUACUCUUGCACACGACGCUCCCUCUACAUCACUGAGGGAUGGGAGUGCAUCCGGGCGUUCCGCUAUUGCUGCGCCACAUUGAGGGACCAGCCGUUUAACACAGAGAUUCCUACGACACCAUCACCCACUACAACACCUGUUCCCACCACCACUGCUGCUCACAUUAUUAUGCCACAUCGGAGAAUACAUCUCUCGCAAGAGAACUUCAACUGGAGAUAUCCUUCACCUGGACAACCUGGACUACAAGGACGACCUGGACUACCUGGACUACCUGGACCACCUGGACCACCUGAAACUGAAGUAUUGCAUUCAUUUCCCGGCCAGCCUGGACCAAUUGGGCGUGAAGUGUACCUUGAGAAUUAUGCGAGGAUAGCAGAGGACGAAUAUGAUGUGCUUAGUUCAAUUGCAAAAGAGAUCAUCGAAGAAGGCGAAGAGGAAGAAGAGUAUACAGAUGAGGCUGACGUAUAUCUGCGUUCCAAGUUCUAUGAGUCUUGGAUGUGGAUGGAUGUUAACCUGCCCAAUCAGGCAGAUAGAGACAGCAGAGACGGGCUGGCCUCGCUGACAAUGGAGGACCCCUUACCUGAUAGCAUCACAGAAUGGGGGCUUCUGGCUGUCAGUGCAUCACCCCACACAGGUUUCUGUGUUGCGGAGCCCUACAACUUCAGAGUGUGGAAACGUUUCUUUGUGGAGCUGAAGCUGCCGUAUUCAGUGGCGAGACACGAACAGGUUGAAAUAAAAGCUGUGGUCCAUAACUACGGCUCUGAGGAACUACAUGUCAGGGUGGUGCUCAUGAAGACUGAAGGCAUAUGCAGCAUUGCUUUCAAGGACAGACACACACAGGAAGUGACGGUGCCAGCUGGCUCUUCGAUAGCUGUGCCCUACACCAUUGUACCGCUGGUGGUGGGAAAACAUCCCUUGGAGGUGAUGGUGCUCGGGAGAGACAUGACGGGAGGAGACCGUAUCCAGAAGCUUUUACGGGUAGUGCUUGAUGGAGUGCAGAAGACUGAAGUUUGGAGUGUGGUGUUGAACCCAUCCACUGAGGGGGGAACAGCUGGAGACUAACUGGUCCGUGUUGGAAAGAUUGAACUGGAGUCAGUAGUGCCAAACUCUCAACCUGAGUCAUUGAUCAAUGUUAGAGGCAGCGUGUUAGCAGACAGUAUUGAGAACUCCAUCAACGAGGACUCUCUGGGAUCUCUGAUCAGGAUGCCUGGUGGCUGUGUGGAGCAGAACCUAGCCUCCAUUACUCUGCCCCUCAUUGCCACCCUCUACUUAGACCGAACUAACAACUGGGAGAGCGUAGGCGUGCAGCGCAGGGCAGAGGCUCUCCAGUACAUCAAGAGAGGCUAUGACAAUCAGCUGGCAUACAGAAGGCGUGACGGCUCUUACCCGCCCUACAGGAGGGAAGGAGCGAGUACCUGGAUCACAGCAUAUGUGGUAAAGGUGUUCUCCAUGGCUCACUCCAUCAUGGGCAUUGAGAAGCAACAAGUGUGCGACCCUCUGGUCUACCUGGUGACGAACAAACUCAGAGAAAAUAAAGGAAUGUAUGUAGAGGACAACCCAGUUUACAGCACUACCAUGACGGGCGGUCUCCGUGGCGAUGACCCAGAGAUAACACUUACCGCCUUUGUCCACAUUGCACUAGCUGAGGCCAAGCAGGCAGGGAUCACCUGCGUCAUUCCUGGUUUGGAGAUGGAGAAUGCCAUGGGUAAGACGACACAGUACUUGACCAAUGCACUGACUAGAAAUGGGAGGAGACCGUACACCGUGGCCAUCACCUCUUAUGCUCUGGCUCUUGCGGGGGCACCUCACAAUGUUCAUCAAUCGUUACUCGAAGCUGCAGCCCGAGGUGGCAGCCACUGGCCUGACAGAGAAAACCACUUCUUCACCUUGGAGGCGACCGGCUAUGCCCUGCUGGCUCUUAUUAAGUUGGGUCACAUGGAGGAAGCAGCAGCAGCCUUUAAAUGGCUGAACAGCCAGCGAAGAAGAGGAGGCGGCUUUGGCUCUACUCAGUCCACCAUGGUGGUGCUUCAGGCACUGUCAGAGUAUAUGAUCAAGAGACCUCCUCCUGAUGACCUCAGUCUGGAUGUAGACAUCAGGAUCACUGGACGCAGAGACAUCCGCUACCAUUUUAACCCAAGGACAGCCUAUGGCGCUCGCUCAUCCAAGUUGCCUGCUAACCUUGAUUUAGAAGUCAGAGCUCAAGGAAACGGACAGGGAAUACUUGAGGUUGUGACCCAUUAUAACCAGCUGCAUGAGGUGGAUGAGAAAAUGCCCUGCCAGCACUUUGAGCUCAGUGUUGCUGUUGAAGAGUCCCAGGAAAAGCCUCCAGCAGAUGUAGAAAAGUCCUAUCAGAUCACCAUCAAAGUGAGGGCUUUAGGACCCAGAGAUGUCAGGAUGGUGGUUCUUGACAUCAGUUUGCCCACUGGCUUCACCCCAGAAAACUCAGACCUGGAGAUGUUGUCCAACUCAGUGGAUCAUUACAUCAACAACUUCCAGAUAGUAGAUAACCUGAGUGACAGGGGAUCCCUGAUCAUCCACCUGUUUAAGGUUUCUCACAAAGAGCCUGAGAUCCUAAUAUUCAGACUCCAGCAGACCUUCAAAGUUGGCCUCCUGCAGCCAUCCUCAGUGACUGUUUACGAGUAUUACAACCCAGACCGCCGCUGCAGUCGUACUUACACCCCCCGUGAGAACAAGGAGCAGCUCAGCCAGAUCUGCAGAAACAACGUCUGCCGCUGCACACAGGGUGACUGCUGCAUCUCCAAAGCGGACAGUGAAAACUUCCCCAGCAAAGAAAGAGAGACGUUUGCCUGCAAGAGCUUACACCAUGUUUUCCAGGUGAAGGUGCUGAAUGUCAUCCAGAGUUACUACGACAAAUAUGAGAUGGAGAUCACACAAGUUAUCAAACUGGGUCUGGAGGGUGGAGUUGGAGCGGGUCAGACGAGGAUCUUCAUGUCUCACGGAGGUUGCAGAGAUGGACUAGACUUGAAGCAGGGCUCCCAAUACCUCAUCAUUGGCCCCAAGGACGACCAGUGGAAUGUUGAUACUGAAACCAACAAGUUCAUCUACGUGUUGGGGAAGGACACCUGGGUGGAGCGCUGGCCUUCACCCGCAGAGUGCUCCAGCCACCCCAGCCUGCAAGCUAAAUGCAGGAGUCUAAGCGACACUGCCAACGAACUGUCGGUCAACGCCUGCAGGCUGUAGAGGUGUCAGGGCAGCUGUCGCACACAAUUUUGUGGCAAAAAAAAAAAGGAAAUCAUUUUGUAUGCUCAACUUACUGUGUACUGUGUAUUCUUUCAAUCUAUAUUUAGUUUUCUCUGUGAAAAGGGAAGUGAGAGUCUUGCCAGUUACCAUAACUUUGAACAAGAAUGAAGAAGUAUAAACCGCAGAGAGAGAUGUGUAAUUAUUCUUUGUUUUGAAUAUUUGUCACACUUACAUGUUUGAGAUCAACUUAAUUUUUAUGCUGGACAAAGAAAAUACACGUAAUUAUAAAAUGCAUUUUUUUAAAUUAUCUUUUUAUUAAGGGGUAAAAGGCUAUUCAAACCUACCUGACCCUAUUUGAAAACCCCAUAAACUGUUUUUCACAUUACUGUGGAGGAAUUCUUUUGCUUACCCUUCUUUGCAGAAUUGUUUAAUUUAGCCACACUGGAAGUUUUUACGAUCAUGAAUGGCCAAUAAGUCCAAUCCAAAGCAUAUUAAUUGGCUUUAGGUCUGGACUUUCAUUAUGCCAUCACUUUCUGGUAGAUUUUCUGGUAGAAAGCUGAAGCAGCAGAGCAGCCCAGACCGUCACACUAACACCACCAU